AUGAGGAACUGUGGGCAGAACAACAGUGAACCCUACACCACAGAGAGCCCAACUCAGAACCCAUACAACAGAACCCUGUCCCCCCAGAGGAGAGAUGAACUGGCUAAGAUCCGCCAGAGACAGCUGGACAAUGCUGUCCACUACAUCUGGGAGACAGGAGAGGACAAGUACACCUUCAGAUACUUCCACACUGGCUUCUGGGAGAGCUGUGAGAAACACGUUGAUGGUGAGAAGUGUCGCAGCUUUAUUGAGCUGACUCCUGGUGAAACACAAGGUGUGUUAUGGCUAUCGGUGAUAUCUGAGUUCACUUACAUCGGUCUAUUGGGAAUGGGCUUUCUGUUGAUGUGGCUGGAGUUGUUGUGUUCCCAUAAGGAGAUACACGCUCUCAAAAUCAACGCCUAUGCUGCCAUCUGCACCGUACUGUCAGGUCUGAUGGGGAUGGUGGCCCACAUGAUGUACACCACAGUGUUCCAGAUGACUGUCAUCGUUGGCCCUAAAGACUGGAGGCCUCAGACCUGGGACUACGGCUGGUCAUUCGCCCUGGCGUGGAUCUCCUUCAGCUGUUGUAUGGGAGCUGCAGUCUUCACCCUCAACUCUUACACCAAGACCAUCAUCGAGCUGCGCCACAAACAGAGGCUCCGAUUGGAGGAGGCCCGCGCCGCCAGCCACGCCCCUCCCUACGAUGAGGUGGUCCCCGGGAGCGGGCUCUACUCUGUCAGCGGCCUAUUGCAGUGCCCAGACGGGAUGAUUGACGUGGCGUGGGCGCCUGACGGGACCGUGAUGGGGGUGGGGAACGGGGAUGUACCAACUCUAGUGUUGCUAGGAGGGUGUGGGCCAGAGGGCUGUGAGGACUGUGAGAGAGAGAUGGAUGAGAUGGAGGAGGCCAUGGAGAGGGAAAGAGCUGAUUCGCCCUGUUAAUAAGUGAUGGGUGGGGCUAAAGAGAACAGAGGAGGACUAUGGGUAAUGUAGUCACGUUACAGGUACAGUAUAUGCACCUUGAGCUCUCAAGUUGGAAAGACUGAGACAGAGAAAGAGUGAGACAGAGAAAGAGUGAGACAGAGAAAGACUGAGACAGAGAAAUAGUGAGACAGAGAAAGAGUGAGACAGAGAAAGACUGAGACAGAGAAAGACUGAGACAGAGAAAGAGUGAGACAUAACUUGAUGGACAUGGGACACGGGAACUGUGUUGGCUGUAAGAGCUACAGUAUCCCCUCUUUGACAUUGAACAGAGAUCACCUUGACAUACAUGGUUCGGGCUAACGCUCCUCACAUUGUCAUUCAUUAAUACAAUAGUGCCUAAUGGUAAGGGAUUGUU